AUGCCGGUCGCGGAGAGCAGUCGACUUUACGCACCAACGCGAUCCUCUCUCGCUAAGACACGCGCUGUCAGUCCACCCUCGCAGCGACGCGUCUCCCCCGCAGGCAGCAGCGGAAAUGGGGCGCAGGGUUCCGAGCCACGUGCUGGUUCAGCCCGAUCUUUCUCCCCCAAUAGAACCGCUGCACCUGCAGCCAACGGGCUCGCGCGAGCAAGCGGAGCAAGGAGCAGGGAGGGCCAGCGCGUUGAGGUCUCCGCAGACGCGCGGAGAUGGUCUGCGGGGAGCGGUCCUGCGCGGUUACCAUCCGCCUCGUCUCCCCCUACCUCCCCGCGGUUCAUUCGGCGCAGGGAUACCUCCUCCCCGCCCUCCUCCCCUCCCCUCGGACCCGGCCGGCCGUCCCGGCGAACGGACCACGCCCGAGAUGGCGGACACGUGGCACUGGGGAGGCAGGGAUUAGCGGUGAUGCAGGGACGGCGGCUGUCGGAUUCGAGCUCAAGCGUUUCGGUGCUGGGAGUGGUGGAGGAGCAAGGGGGGGACGCGGGCGAGGGGUCGCGGCAAGGAUCAGUGGACGCGUUCGAGGCGAUGAGCAACAGCAGCCAGAUCAGCGACUCCGGUAGCUACAGCGGCUCGGGGCCCACCACCGCCAGGAACGGUCAUGUCCACGCCACGAACGCUGCGAGGCAGAGCCGUUUGGCUCUUGAGCCGCGCCACGGCGGGCAAGCCGCUAGACUUGCCACGCAUGCUGAUGUGGACAGGUAUCACGAGGGCGGUCGGCAGUUGGGGCAAAUGUUGCGGGGGGGCGCGGGACCGGCGCGCAUUGUCAGCCCCGCGGAACGUGCCGUAGCCGCGGAGCUUGCGACAUUGGCGGAUUCCGUCACGGAUGCAGACGUGUAUGCGCCUUCCGCCGCCGCAGCCGAGCUUAUGUCCGCCACUGACGGCCUCUUCUCCGCCGCUUCCGCAUUCGCCUCUGCCUCUGUUCCCACGCCCCUUGGCGCGCCCUCGCCAACACCCCUCUACAGUCUCUCCGCGCAUCAGCCUGACUCAUCCUCCCCGUGGCCCCCGAUGGUUGUUGCGCUUGCGCGUCCGCCUGAGGCGGGGCUAGGGGGACUUGAUGUGAAGGCGCGGCUGGGGCGGACACUGGGGUACGGAAGCGUGGGCGGAGAGGGUGAGGCGGGGGGUAGCUGGGCUACAGGGGGUUCGAACAUUGAGGGGCAGGGAAGGGAGAGGCGGCAGCAGCAGCAGCAGCAGCCAACGAAGGACGCCAAGGAGCUCGCACGGUCGCUUCUGCUGCAGCUGUCCGGCGGCAGGAAGGGGCCGCUGGCGGGAGGCGCGACGCAGGUGAUUGCGGUGCGCGAUCGGAGUGGAGGGGAGGCGGCGCAACGGGACUCCGGAGCCUCGGGAAUGCCGGCUGUAGUCCGCGGGGAUGGCAUGAGCGGGCAGCGGCAAGGGGUGGAGGGGGCGACCAGUGCUUUCGCAGGUCGAGGGGCCGUGACUGGCAGGAAGGCGGAGCAGGGGGAGGUUGACUCGAUAAUGACACAGCGAGGUGCUUAUAACGAGAAGCAGCGCGGUGACACUGAGAGGACGGGCGGUGGCGUAAUGGGCGGUGCGAGUUUCGACGAUGACGUGAUGGCGGGAGAGGACGAGCAGCAUGAGGAGAAGCCUGCGUGGCGGCAGCCGUGGUCGCAGCGACGACCACAGCACGAUGACGUGUCGCCACCACAGCAGCAGCAGCAGCAGCAGGAGGAGGAGGAGGAGGAGGAGGAGGAAGUUUGGCUGGAGCAUGAAAAGGUGCCACAGCAAGUCGAGUUGCAGGAGCAUAUGCAGCAGCAAGUCGAGUUGCAGCAGGAGGACGAGGACCGAUCAGAGGAGACGGAAGCAAAGAGUUUGGAGGAUGAAGAGGAGCAACGGCAUGUGGGCACGCGAGCAGAGGAGCAGGCGGUGCAGCAGAGGCAGCAGAAGCUGCCGUCGCAGCCAAGCCUUUUCCAGCAGGGGCAGGGGCAGGGGCAGCAGGGGCAGCAGCAGGGGGCGGCGGGGGGCAGUCCGGUAACAACUCUGGAUGUGGCGCUGAGCAAGGGGUCCCCCUCAACCGAUGCAGGUGAGGAGGAGGGCGGGCUCGCCUUGCACGCAAGCAUGCACGCACUCGCCGACGCCCACGCCCACUGGCUCUCCGCGGAUGCCAGCCAAACAGAGGACCUGCAAGCUGAAGAGGACAUGGAGAAGCUUGGAGGUGCAGAGGAAGAGGCAGAAGCCUGGGGGGAAGCAGAGCGCGUGUGGGGCGAUGAGCCUUGCAUGCCUGCCCAACAGGCGCUGCCCCUCUCGCACACACAAGGAGACAAGGCACCCGACUCGUCCCUGCUCGCACCAGCAAACCCUCCUCCUGCCCCUCCUCUCACCACCGCCGCCACCCCCGCAGCAGGCCCACUCCAACCGCCCGUCUCAGCGCCCCCGCCUCCUCUCCCGCUGCCACCACUGGACUCCCUAAGCACAGUGGAUCUGGGCACGCUCGCCUUUGUGCCGUCACCAGCGGGCAUGGAGGAGGAUCUAGAGUACAUUCGUUACGUGCUCGUUGCUGCUGGCUUCGCCAACCGCUCCCUCCCCCCCGCGGCGUCUCCAGCUGCGCCCAUCAGUGCGGCGGUGUUUGAAGUGCUGGAGGCGGAGUUCCUGUCGCUGGAUGGCAUCAUUGUUGACCCUGCUACCCCCCUGGGGCCCGUCACGGGGCAAUCAGCAUCAGCGGGGGGUAAGGUGGGAGGUCCGAGCGCAUCAUCGCCAGAGGCAGCAGCAGCAGCAGCAGCAGCAGAUGGGUUGUCGGAGAGUGAGAGCCUGCCAUCAGACGCAGCGCCGGCCUUCUCCUCACCAGCCCUCCCCGCUAAUUACCCCGACGAGCGGCGCCAGCGCCGCCUCCUCUUUGACGCGGUGAACGAAUCUCUCGGCCGCCGCCUCGCGCCCUUCCUCCUGCCCUCCCAACCCUGGCAGCACCUGCAUGCCGCCCGGCCUGCACCCCUACGGAAACGGCCAGCCGGGCGGCGGCUGCUGCAGGAGGUGUGGGCAGAAAUCCACUCGUGGGCUGUGCCCAUGUCUGAUGACGUGUUUGACACCCUUGAUGACCUGGCACGAAGGGACUUGUGGAAGGGGCUGGACACGUGGAUUCCCCUGGAUAAGGCUGUGGAUGAUGAGGUGCCAGAUGUUGUGUUUCGAUUGGAGGAGGUGCUGAUGGGGGAGUUGAUUGGGGAGAUGUGUGCGGAAUGGGUGGAGAUUGGGAGGAGAAGGCAGAAACGGGGAGAUGGAAUGGACGAGUUGAUGGAUGGCGGAAAGAAGCAUGGUGGAGGGAGUGAUGUUGUGUUUGUAGCAGGUAAGGAUGGAGCUAAGGCAGGUGCGGUGGCCGUGGAAGAGAAGGAAAGUGGUUCGGCAAGAGGGUCACCGGACACGAUAACCGGAUUUCUGCUGGCCGGAGUGGGUCACAUGGACGUACGGCGACGGAAGAACUAUCUUGUCGUCGACUCCAAGACCCCUGUGCGACAGAUCGAGGAGUCGUUUAAAGAGUUCAGCAACAGGGAGGACGUCGCCGUCAUUCUUAUCAGCCAAUAUAUCGCCAACAUGAUUCGGUACAGCAUCGACAGCUACAACAAGCCCAUACCCGCCGUGCUGGAGAUCCCCAGCAAGGAGCACCCGUACGACCCCAACCAGGACUCCAUUCUGUCGCGCGUGAAGCACAUGUUUGCCUCCUCUGAGUCCGUUUCUGACUCCAGGGUCUGA